AUACAGACCCUUACAGCACUAAGACAGUCCUGUUUCCACUGCGGGGGAGUAUGGAUGCUGGGAAUGGAUGCACAUGGCCACCACUGCCCAUCUGGAUGCUCCCCCUGCUGCCCCCCGAAGAUGCAUCGCCCUCUAGACUGAGGCCGGACAAUGCUUAAUUUGAACAUCCAUCCAAAGACGUCCCUUGUAGGCCCUCCCUCCAAAUGGUCCUACCGCCUCUUGACAAUGACAGUUUUGAAUUUCUGCUGGUGGGGUACUUUGUGUCAUGAGAAACAAAAACCUGCUGAAUAGGAGAGGGGCUGAAAAGAAGAAGAGUACGUUAUUAUUUGGAGGGAAGAGUGUCCCUAAUUGCGGAACAAAGCAAUCCCUUGAACGUCAGGCUUCAGUCAAUGUUCCUUUGUCUCUGAAGUUGUGGGACGGCCUGCAGCAGUCUUUGGAGCACGUCAGAGAGCGGUCAGGAGUGAACUGCAGCGAGCAGGGCUGGCCAGUCUGUGAAGGGCCUUUGACAGCAGGCUCCUUGCAUCUAUUGACUCCCCAGGAAGUCUGAGGUCACAAGCUCCGCCGGAGCACAUGAGCCCAGAUAAUGAAGAUGGUUUUAGCCUCUUGAAACAAAGCCAGAAACUUUAUCUACUUCAUUGUGCACUUUGGGUCAUGUGCUACCGAUGAGGAUUUGUCUAAUACUAAUCCCCCUAAUGACGGCUUCUCCCAGCCCUUACACAGAGCCCACAAGACCCCGUGAUUUGGCAAGCCCGACUCAAUAAAGGCAGCUCGGCGUUUGGCUUUUGAACUGAGCUCAGGGCAAUUAAAGUCAGGGGCUGAGGAGGGAAGGAGGGGUUAGAAAUAGCAGUAUAAUGGGUAGGAUGACUGGAGCGCUCCCCAAAUUAACUCCAUUAGUCAGAGCCUGAUUUAACGGGGCAAGAGGGUGAGACGCGCUACCUUCAUUAAAUCUGUACGUUAGAGGCGCUACUAAUGGAAUUACAUUGGUUUUUAGUUGUGUGAAUCACAUCACAUAGCCUGUGCAUGUGCACGUACCCACGUGCAUCGUGGGUGCUGCGAUUUCGGUGGGUCUUUUUUUCAAGAGGAGAGAACUGGAACGCGACACACAAAUACACCAGAAAAACCCCAAAUCCCCCAAAUCCCCCAAGCCCCACAUCCAAAACCACGCUGCAUGCCGAAGUGCGGAAGCAAGACAGAAGACAGGAGUGGAAAGGCGAGAGAGGUCUCCCGAUUCUAAAGCCAUGGUCCCUCUUCGGUGGGGGCUUCUGCUCGGCUGCCUGGGCAGUGCACUCGGGCCGGGGGCACAGGCGCAGUUCCCCCGGGUCUGCAUGACGGUGGGCAGCUUGCAGGCCAAGGAGUGCUGCCCGCCGCUGGGCGCCGAGCCCUCCAACGUCUGCGGCUCUCUGGAGGGCCGGGGCCGGUGCGCAGAGGUGCAGGCUGACACGAGGCCCUGGAGCGGCCCUUAUGUCCUGAGGAACCAGGAUGACCGCGAGCGGUGGCCACGGAAGUUCUUUGACCGGACCUGCAGGUGCACAGGAAACUUUGCCGGCUAUAACUGUGGAGACUGCAGGUUUGGCUGGACCGGCCCCAACUGUGAUCAGAAGAAACCACUGGUUGUCCGGCAGAAUAUCCAUUCUUUGACCGCUCAGGAGAGGGAGCAGUUCUUGGGCGCCUUGGACCUUGCGAAGAACACCCCACACCCUGACUACGUGAUCACCACGCAACACUGGCUGGGCCUGCUCGGGCCCAACGGCACCCAGCCACAGAUCGCCAACUGUAGCAUUUAUGAUUUCUUUGUGUGGCUCCAUUAUUAUUCAGUUAGAGAUACAUUAUUAGGACCAGGGCGCCCCUAUAAGGCCAUAGAUUUCUCACACCAAGGACCUGCCUUCGUUACCUGGCACCGCUACCAUUUGCUGUGGCUGGAAAGAGCUCUCCAGCGGCUUACUGGCAAUGAGUCCUUUGCUGUGCCCUACUGGAACUUUGCCACCGGGAAGAACGCGUGUGACGUGUGUACAGACCAGCUGCUUGGGGCGGCAAGACCAGACGACCCGACCCUGAUCAGUCGGAACUCCAGAUUCUCCAGCUGGGAAAUCGUCUGUGACAGCUUGGAUGACUACAACCGCCGGGUCACCCUGUGUAACGGAACCUACGAAGGUUUGUUGCGAAGGAAUCAGGUGGGAAGAAACAGCGAGAAACUGCCAAGUUUGAAAGACAUAGAAGAUUGUCUGUCUCUCAAGCAGUUUGACAAUCCUCCUUUCUUCCAGAACUCUACCUUCAGCUUCAGGAAUGCCUUGGAAGGGUUUGAUAAAGCAGACGGGACCCUCGACUCUCAAGUGAUGAGCCUUCAUAAUUUGGUUCAUUCCUUCCUAAACGGGACAAGCGCUUUGCCGCAUUCUGCUGCCAAUGAUCCUGUUUUCGUGGUCCUUCAUUCCUUUACUGAUGCCAUUUUCGACGAGUGGAUGAAAAGAUUCAGUCCCCCUGUGGAUGCCUGGCCUCAGGAGCUGGCACCCAUCGGUCACAAUCGAAUGUAUAACAUGGUUCCUUUCUUCCCUCCGGUGACGAACGAGGAACUCUUUCUAACCGCAGACCAACUUGGCUACAGCUAUGCCAUUGACCUGCCGGUUUCAGUUGAAGGAACUCCCGAUUGGACCACAACCCUCUCGGUUGUGGGGAUGCUGGUGGUUUUGGUUGGUCUUUCUGCACUGCUGCUUUUUCUUCAAUAUAGAAGACUUCGAAAAGGAUACACACCCUUAAUGGAGACACAAUUAAGCAACAAGAGAUACACCGAAGAAGCCUAGAUGCUCACGCUUUAGCUGGAGAAGAGGCUCCCAAGCUGUAGUUGUGACCCUGACCAUGCGCAGACAGAUCCUCACCUUUGCUCCUUUAGUUGGAAAGCUUUGCAUUGUUCCUCCUGUUGCGGUGACGCUCCCAAGUACAGAGGAUGCCUAGCUGUAGUUUGCAUGUUUAACCAACAAGCUAAAGGGCUGGAGGGUAUCUCUGCCAUCAAAGCAAGGGAGAGCUGAUGAUAUCUGAAAACAAUGCUCCAUGUUGAUUAAGCCUCCUCAUGUUUCCAGGCCACCCCAAAAGUCAAUAGAGUAGAUUCAGUGAAAUUUGCAGGUCAGUGUCAUUUGAGACUUGGACAAGAUCAUGGUUCAGUCUGUCUUAGCCCACAAGUCUUCAUUUGUGAAGGCAUGGGGAAGAAGGAGGGCAGGUGCUACAUGGGUCUCCAGGGUCUCUUUUCGAUAUGAACAGCCCUGUUUUUAUUUUAUUUUAGCUCUUUUGGGGCCGCACCUGCGGCAUGGAGUUUCCCAGGCUACGGGUUGAAUUGGAGCUGGAGCUGUAUCUGCUGGCCUACACGGCAGCCACAGCAACACAGGACCUAAGCCUUGUCUGUGACCUACACCACAGUUCACAGCUACGCCAGAACCUUAACCUGCUGAACAAGGCCAGGGAUAGAACCUGCGUCCUCAUGGAUGCUAGUCAGAUUCAUUAACCGCUGAGCCAUGGCGGGAACUCCAACAGCUCUGCUUUUAGAUGCCUUCCUGAUCAUCUUCCUGAGGCUGCUGCUGCUUCUUUUCUCAGUUUUUUCCUUUCCAGCCUUUAAAAUGGCCUGGAAGAUGAAAAUAGGCCUUAUUUUCCAUAUAAGAUGGAGAAGGAAUGAAUGAUCAGUUUUGUUCUCUUUUGUAAACUAGACUUUACAGAUUUUAUCAAAAGUCUGCAGUUCUUAACAGACCUAUCAUGAGGUUCAAUAGUUAGAUAAACAUCAAUUCUAUAGCAGUAAAUGAAUAGAUGAGGGAUUAAAUUAUAGAGCUUUCUGUUUCGUUAAUAUACUUGCUUUAAACCUAUUAACAAUUAUAGUGUCCCUCUCUCCAGGUAAGGCUGCCUGAAGAAGGGUGUUGAGCCUAUAAUCCUGAACACAAGCUGAUUUGUGCUCUGAAGCCUCAUUUGGUUGAUCCCGAACCCAUUCCUUUACCAGGCAGCCUCCGAUGAAAAAUUAUCCACAUGUAAUGCACUGGCUUCUUUUUAAGAGUCGAUUUUGGAUUCAUUAAGGCUGUGCAGUGCUAACAGUUACUCGUGAAUGCUAAUCAAUUCAGUCUUGUUGUUUAAAAGAAAGCCAUUCAUACACAACAUAACAAUUCAGAAUUAAAUGGUUGUGAGCCGCUAAGUAAUCUUCAGAUCAUGAGAGAGAAGAAUGAGGCAGUCUUCAAAAGAUGCUUAGACUUAUCAACACGAUCCCUACUUCUGAGAAGUUAACUGUUUUUGAGAUUUCAAGGCGGUUUCCUCUGUUCAUAUCUGGUACCUCUACAUUAUCAGAUAAGAGUGAGGCCAAAGUUCAAGAAGGUGGCCCUUCCCUGCAUUCGUUUCAGCCCCUCUCUACUGGAUUGCAUGUGUGUAACGAAUUGGAACCCUGAGAGCUGCCUUUUGUAUGUGGGGUGGUGGGGGUACUACCCCCAGGAUGCAAGAUUUAUCAGGCCCCCGUGUUAUCCCCUAGAAUAAGACUGCGGAAGCUAGGGAAAUGGACAAAGCUUAGUGUGGACUGAAUUUGAGUCUGGGUGAGUCUCAUAAAAUAUAUCUGAGAGUAGGAUCAUCAGAUGAGAAUCAAGACAGCCUAGAGUCCUGGAUGGGGUGAAGCUCUGCUUAGACCUUUUUAGCCACGGCCGUAUGCAUAGAUCCCAAUGGAAAAUUUCAGCAUUGCGUCAUUAACAUAGUCCAUUCUGGAAGUUUUAUGCUCUGAGCUCAGGGUUGUUGGGGAACAUAUUUUUACAUCUUGUUUUGAAACCAAAAGAGAAAUAUGCUAAAAUGAAGAUAUAACUGUGCAUGGUAGGUAUGUUCCUAAAAAGUUGUGUAUAAAUCAGUUAUACAUUAAAAGCACCAGGGAAAUUACUUUUUAUAGAUGAACUAUUAUGAAUAAUUCUAUAAAGCACAUAACCACCUCUGGCUUAUCUUUCAGGUAUAUCAGAAUUUUCAUACAUCAUAUUCUCUUAAGAUUUGUUUAAAAGCAAGAUCUAUCUGCAGCAGAAAUAAAGACUAAACAUUUAUACUUAGCUCCUUUAUCUGUGGUGCGUGCAACUUUUUAUAAAUAUUAUGUUUUAUGAUGUCUUCCUGAAAGAAAUAAUUUCCUGAUUUUGUAGUUCAUAUUAGAAGAAUAAAGUUUUCUAGCAUUUUCUAACAUUGCAAUAAAUCAACGAUGAAUGGCUUUCAGCAGAUCUAAAGGUGGAAUAAACCUGUAGAGUAAAAAAGUUGGUAUUUACUUACUGUGAACAUUAUGCAAAUAAACUCAGAAAAUAUCACUGA